CCUUCUCCAACUAAAUUAUUCACCGUUUUAUGGUUAGUCCACAACUUUCGAAAGGCAUAAAGGCCGUUACAGUCAUAGGAGCAGGUGCAUACAGCGUCAAUUGGCUCGUCCGUCAACAUCAAGAGAAGCAUCUUUCUCCAGCUCCAUUAACCAACAUGGCGACACCAUCACCACCAAAGAACGAUGCGCCUUAUGAUCAUCGGCCAUUCACUCUAUUAACACAGACCGACAUUGACACACGAUUACGAUCUGGACAAUCUAUCAGUAAGCUCGACCAUGCGCAACAUCAAGUGAAAGGCGUGAAGGCUAUCUAUAGUAAUCAGCUGCCCUCGAAUGAUCCUGUCGAGGACAACUACAGUAUCCAUACUUUCCAAAAUGGAUUGAUUGCUGGCGUCUAUGACGGUCAUAUUGGACCUCAAUGCUCUCGACUUAUCAAAAAGCAACUACCUAUUUAUAUGGCACGCGAAUUGUCGGCCACUUUGUCCUCAACACCAGCAGGCAACAAGGAAUCUGCUCAUAGUACGGAAGAAACAGCCAUCAGCACUGCUUUCGACAACCUUGAUCAAGAUAUACAGCAGCGAUUUUACGAUCUCUUCCCUCGUAAUGUGAAAUAUGCUACAGAAAAUGAUAUUCGAUCCGCUAUUGCGCGUCAACCUGAUCGAGCCAAAACGGAAGCGAUCAUUACAGAAGCCAUCCACGGUUCAUGUGCUUGUACAGUUUACAUCAAAGAGGGUUAUGUUUAUGCUGCCAACACUGGAGAUUCUCGCGUCGUCAUCGUUAGUCAAGAUGAAGACGGAUCUUGGAAAGGUAGACGGUUAGUAGAAGAAGAAUCACCUGCUAAUCCAGAGUGGAAAGCACACAUGCUUUCUCAACAUCCUUCAGACGAAUCUGACGUACUUGUCAUGAGAAAGCGUAUUUUCGGUUUAAUUGCAGUAGGUGGAUCCUUUGGAGAUAUCAUGUAUAAAGUGCCUGUCGAAUAUCAAAUGAAAGUGCUUCCCUUUAUACCUUACGAUAUAUAUAAAACAUUUGCUCGCUAUCAUCAUCGUAUCGUGGUGAAUUACAAGACGCCACCUUACCUUCGAUCCACUCCUCUGAUCGCAAAGCACAAACUAACCAACAAUGACAAAUUCAUCAUCUUGGGUACAGACGGACUAUGGGAUGAACUCAGUUGGGAUGACGUACGAAGUACAGAAGGAGAUCAAGUGGCCGCUCACAUCAUGAGCCGCUGGCAAACAUCGUCUCCUACCACCGAAAAGGAACCCAAUCCUGCGACUCAUAUGUUGCGUGAAGCUCUCUUAUACGAAGCCGUUUAUAAGAAUGUGGGACAAAGAAGAAAAGUAGAGGACUCGACACUAGAACUGUCAAAGAGAUUAACCAGAAAACCGUCAAGACGUUACCGUGACGAUAUCACCAUCACCGUCAUAGAGCUGGGUAAUGAAGAGGUCUCCGCAUCUUCAGAAGAUGUGGGACCGGCACGUCAUGUAGAAGAGGUGGAUGUGAGUGAGCCGAGGUUGGUCAAUCCUAAAUCCUCAAAGAGCUCAUGGUUAUUAGGAUGGAUUGGGUCUCGCUUAUAAGUGCCCAUUCAACCUACCCCUCCCCCCUCCCAAAAGAUAGCCUUCUCUUCCCAAGCAGACGCGAAUACCAUGUUGAAUAAACAGGUCAAGGUUGUAAAACCCUUUUUGCCUACGUGCGUAAUUUAGCUGAUCACACAUCUUUCUUUUUGUUUCUGCUUUUGGUAUGGAUGAUACAUUCUAAAACGGAGAAAUACCAGAACCAUUUCGACAGGGUCCUCUUCUCAGCAACUGACAUGAGCUUCUUGUCCACAGGCGGAUAAAACUAGCUAUCUGACCGGUAUCAUUUUAAUUAAAAAAGGCUCGUUUUUUUACUAAAGACAUAGAAUGCUAUGUGAAAAGAGGGGGGUGGGGGGAUGGG